AUGUCUGUCCAUAUUUGUUCUGCAGAACUCACGCAGUCGCAGAAGAAUGAGAAGGUGCAAUGUUCAAACCAUGAUGGAACACAUAUGCUCAUUCUCUCCCCUGAUGGAAAGCUUUUUGAACAGUGGGCUACAGCUUCAGCUGACUGCUCUAAGCCAAGGCUGGUGAAAGAACUAGGAAACCAAGAUAUUGUUCAAAUAGCAUGUGGGGACCAGCACACCAUGGCACUGUCCAGAGGAGGUGAGCUCUUCAGCUGGGGCCAGAAUGCCCAUGGACAGCUUGGAGUGGGGAGCCAAACCACGCUCAUCCCCCAACCACAGCUGGUGGAAAGACUAAAGGGCAUCUCACUUGCUCAAAUUGCUGCUGGAGGAGCUCACAGCACAGCCGUGUCGCUGUCUGGAGCUGUGUACUCCUGGGGAAAGAAUGAUUUUGGACAGCUGGGACUCGGAGACACAGAAGACAGGGACUGCCCGUCGUACGUCGGAGCGUUAGAGCACUGGAAGACUGUAUUUAUCUCCUGUGGGGCAGAUCAUACUGCAGUUCUCUCCAAGGAGGGGUUGGUGUGCACCUUUGGAGCAGGAGGGGCUGGCCAGCUUGGUCACAACUCCACCCGGAAUGAACUCGUGCCUCGUGUGGUGGCCGAGCUGUGGGGAGCAAGAGUUUCGCAGGUUGCCUGCGGCAGACAGCACACCCUGGUCUAUGUCCCCUCCUUGGACAAAGUCUAUUCGUUUGGUUCUGGUAAAGAAGGACAGCUGGGAGAUGAGAGAAAGCCUAAUCAGUUGAUACCACUUCCCAUCAAUUCACCAGUGAAUACUGGAAAAUCCUGUCAGGGAAACAACACGUCACAAAAGGUGAUUGAAAUUAUUGCAGGAGGAAACCGAAGUAUUGUCCUUUGCAAGAACAAGAAUUCCUACUUGAAUGGAAUUGCCACUCUAACGGAUAAAGAAGUGGAUGCAUGGAUUUCUAAUUCCAGUUCGCAACACUGGGAGAGUAUAAAAAAGAAUAUCAGACUGAUCUUUUCAUCUGAGGCUUGCAUCAACGGAAGCUUCCUGGAGAAAAGAGACAAACAUUUCAAAACUUCCAAAGAAUUCUCGGGUGUAGACAUGUCAGAAGUGCAACGUUUUUAUAAGAAAAUCAGCAAGAAGCCACAAGUCUUCCAGGAGGUGCAAAAGGAGAUUCAGAAGUUACUGCCGUCAUUGUCUUCCUCUCCCAUCUCACCUGAAAAUUUCAGAGUCUACUUGAUCUUGCCUUUCCUUCUGCAGGGAUAUGACGGCAGCUCUUUCCAUUCUCUCAGGCUGCUAGCACAAGCCAUCACGAAGCUCCAGCCAAAGGACCUGCAAAUUCUUGAAUGCCUGUGGUCAAAUCUAGAAACAUCCUUUUUCAAAGAGCUGGUCGUUCUGUAUAAGACGGUUUCCGAGAAAAGCCUGUCUCAAUUUAUCAUGGAAGUCAGCUGUCUUCAAAGAAACCCCUACAACCUGCACCCACAUGAAACGGAGCCUCUGCAAAUACUGCAGAUUCUUUACCAGGUGAACUCCAGAACUGGUUUCAGAGUACAAGAAAACGACUUCUGUGUGCGUCAAGUGAAAGGGAUUGUCAGACUGCUCUUGUUCUUUGAUGUAGAAGUAAGUAUAAAAUCUUACCAGCAGUGCAAAACACCUUUUUUUCUGUUUUAUUUAAAUGAGUCUAUAUAUAUGAAAGUCAACUCUAGACUCUAUUGCAAGAGAAAAUCAACGCAUCUUUUUCUUUCUUCCUUGUCGUUUCAGAUGGCCCUGUGGAAGCUGACCGAAUAUCCAUGCAUCUUUGACAUGCAUGACAAGAUUGGCAUUCAUAGUAUAGAAUGCAGCGCUCUGUCCAGGUCCUUUAAUUAUGUAAGUGUGGCCAAUUUUGCCUCGAGCUGCAAGAAUACCUUCUUCCAGAUCGGGACGCUGUGCGGAAUGGCCCUGUAUAACAGGUGCAUGGCGCCCUUCCCCUUCCCCAGGGCUCUCUACAAGAAGCUGCUGGGCCUGGCGCCCGCCCUGGAGGACCUCGAGGAGCUGCUGCCAGCCGCAGGCCGGAGCCUUCGGAGAAUUUUGGAUGAAGAAUGUGAUCAUGUCCUUGAGAGCCUGGACAUGGACUUCACAAUAAUGGAAGAAGGAGGUUCCAUGGUUCCUGUUGAUCUUAAAAAAAAUGGUGCUAACAUUCCUGUCACUAAGGAUAACAGGAAAGAAUUUGUUGACUUGUAUGUGAAUUACGUGUUCAAUGAAUCGAUACGGAAGCCGUUUGAGGACUUCAUGCAAGGGUUUUUAAGAGGCUGCCCAGCUAGAAAGUGGAAGAUGUUUCUCCCUGUGGAGCUCCAGACUGUUCUCGAGGGACACACAAAAAUUGACUGGCAUCUGCUGGAAAAGAAUGUGACGUACAGACACUAUGGAAUGUUAGAUCAAACCAUCAGGAAUUUUUGGACUGUGUUUCACAAACUCCCAGAAGAAAAAAAGAAAAUGUUUCUUGCUUUUUUGUCAGGAUCUGAUCGAAUCCCUGGCUGUGGACUGGAAUACUUCAAAUUUUCUAUUGUAGAUCCUCAAGUAGAAAAUCCAGAUGAAGUCUAUCCUUCUGCCAGUACCUGCAGCCGCAUUUUAUUCCUCCCCAGAUACAGCAGUAAAAGAAUACUCAAGAAAAAGUUGCUUUAUGCCACAGAGCAUAAUGAAAAUUUUGGCUUGCCCUAACUCUUAGUCAGGAGCACUUUAAAGCAAAAAUAAGAAAACAAGUCUUUGUUUCAUUUGUCGUGUUUUUCUCUUAUUAACUCCAAUUUACAGGUUUCUACCCUGCCUUAUUUCUACUGCACUUUAUAAACACUUAAGUGUGUGUAUUCACUGAGAUUUUAUAUUGAUUAUAAAAAUGAGCUUAGACCAGAUACCUGAUGGUUAGAUUAUAAAGUUAGGAAAGAAGAAUCCUAUUUAACACGCUUCCAAGAAGCAUGCUGAUAACCAAGUAUAUUUACAUAUAUGUGCAUCCUGUCUGCACUGUGCUGGUCUUGUUUAGUUGGUGAGAUUUCAGCAGCAGGGAUUCUGUGAUUUGUACAUUACCAAACAUACAGCCAGUACAUGCUAAGCAGUCAUCGUUGCAAGAGGAAGCUAGGGCAAAGUUGUCAUCUGUAUUAGUUAAGGAUUCUCUUGGGGAGCAACUAACGCUAAGGAGACAUGUUCCUGCAAACUGUGAAUUGGAGGAGCAGUCCGUGCUCACCCCGGAUAUGGCCUUUGACUUGCCUGAGAGAAGUUCUUAGGAUGAGGAUUUGAUCAUUCCUAGACUUUGUCAAAAGCUGUAUUUGUAAAGCAUUAAUGGACUUUUUAUUAUUUAGUGUGAUAACACUGCGAUAUUUGUCAUGUUUCUUUGUAUCUUCUAAGGAGAUGUUUGGCGAUUACAUCAAACAAAGUUUUAGGCUUGCAGAACAGCUCUGUCCUCAGAACCCUGUGGACACGAGGCUUGCGGGGCUGCUGGAAGCUCAUUGUCGAAACAGUGCAUAGCACUGGCAGGAUAUUGACAAUGUCAGGCAGGAUCUAAAGGCAGGAUGUGUAUUUUUCUGUAUAUUUUGCUUUAAGAGAGAGAGACAACAAUCAUGAUUUUUCAACAGUCUUCUCUUUGGUGUGUUAAAUGUGUCAGUGAACAUACAUAUGUAAAGAAGACUUUUACUGUGUUGAAUUAAAUGAUGAUUGAUUAAAUUUC